GAAAACGCGUACAUUCUCGUUCGAAAGCCGCCAAGCCAGCGACUUUGCCGCCCAAAAAGAAACGCGUUUCGGUGCUGCAAAUAGAAAAAAGAACGUAAGCAACGAUAACAACAGGCAGCGAGAGCGAGCGAGAACGGGAGAGAGAGAGAGAGAGCGAGAGAGUGUUGUGUGUGUGCGUGCUGCCAACUUGUCGCACCAAUUCGCUGCUGUGCUUAAGUCUGCGUGUGUGUUCUGUGGGGUUCUCCCAAAAAGAGCAAACAAAUACGAAACCUUUGCGCGAUGCCCCAUUCGAAACGUAUCUGAAGUUUUAGGGUUCGAACUUCGAUUCGCUUACUCUGCUGUUUUGUACAUAAAUAUUUAUUUGGCUGGCCACCGCGACUUUUCAACAAGUUGCCAGCGCAGCGUGCAACGCGCGUACACACACACACACACACGCGCGCAGAAAGGAGUGAGUGAGAGAGUGGCGGAAAGAGAGCGAGCAACGGCAACAACAACAAAAGCCUCUCAGCAGCAACGUUUUUAGUGAUGUCAUCAGAAAAAACGUCUUCAAGCUGGCCAAAUUGAAGCGGAAACGGUAGCCAAACUGAAGCACUUGUCGGAGAGCGUCUCGGUGCUGCUGAAGAUCGCCAGGAUCGGCAACAUGGACAACAGCAUCGUCGAGGAGAACGGCAACUCGUCGGCGGCAUCGGGCUCCAAUGACGUGGUCGAUGUCGUUGCCCAACAGGCGGCGGCAGCGGUGGGCGGCGGUGGUGGAGGCGGCGGAGGAGGAGGAGGCGGCGGUAACCUCCAGCAGCAACAGAACCCACAAAGUACAACGGCCAGCGGUCCAACGGGUGCGACGAACAACGCCCAGGGAGGCGGAGUGUCCUCCGUGCUGACCACCACCGCCAACUGCAACAUACAAUACCCCAUCCAGGCGCUGGCGCAGCACGGACUGCAGGUGCAGUCCGUGAUACAGGCCAAUCCCUCGGGAGUCAUACAGACAGCAGCUGGAACCCAGCAGCAGCAGCAGCAACAGGCGCUGGGCGCCGCCACAGCGAUGCAGAAGGUGGUCUACGUGGCCAAGCCCCCGAAUUCGACGGUCAUCCACACGACACCUGGCAAUGCAGUGCAAGUGCGUAACAAAAUCCCUCCAACCUUUCCGUGUAAGAUCAAGCCCGAACCGAACACGCAGCACCCGGAGGACAGCGACGAGAGUCUGUCGGACGACGAUUCCCAGCACCACCGCAGUGAGCUGACGCGACGGCCGUCGUAUAAUAAGAUCUUCACCGAGAUCAGCGGUCCGGACAUGAGCGGCGCAUCGCUUCCCAUGUCCGAAGGCGUGCUUAAUUCCCAGCUGGCGGGGACCGGAGCGGGGGGCAAUGCGGCGAACAGCUCCCUGAUGCAGUUGGAUCCCACGUACUACCUGUCCAAUCGGAUGUCCUACAACACUAACAACAGCGGGAUAGCGGAGGAUCAAACCCGUAAGCGCGAGAUCCGGCUGCAGAAGAACAGGGAGGCGGCGCGGGAGUGCCGGCGCAAGAAGAAGGAGUACAUCAAGUGCCUGGAGAAUCGAGUGGCGGUGCUAGAGAACCAAAACAAAGCGCUCAUCGAGGAGCUGAAGUCGCUCAAGGAGCUCUACUGUCAGACCAAGAACGAUUGAAUGUGGGCGGGGCUCUGGCGCCGCCUGCGCCUCCGCCUCCAGUUACGGCUACGGUUACGGAUACGGCAACGGAUACGGUUUCGGUUACGGUUACGGCGACCACUGCGCUCCGCUCCGCUCCGUUCUGUUUCGUUCUGUUGUGGACAACGAUGGUGGAUCGAUCCUCGCCGCUGGCCGGCGGCCGCAUAUCAUGAUAUCUAUACGCAUGGGAUGCUGCAUGUGGUAGCGUGUACAUUAAGUGUGGGAAUCGUGUUGUUGUUGUUGUUGGGAUGCAGGCGGACCGAACCGAACCGGGCCGGACCUAACCGAACCGAACCGGAUGGAAUGGAAAGAGGGUCUAUCUGCCGGACACACAAUGUAAUUAUGAUUGUAAUUUAAAGAUGUAAUAUUACGUUUAUGAUUUAGUUUACGCCCUAGUUUACUCGCUAACUUAACGAUACUGCAGUUUACCUACGAACCUGUGUUUCCGUAACCUAAGACCUUUCACCACACCCCGCAUGCUCACCGACCUAUUGUAAUUAAAUCUUUUGUUUUACCUAAUUCGUAAUCGAUGCAGGACGUGCGUGUCUAGCGAAAGUGUUUUUCCUUAGCGAAUUGUUGUUGUGCCCAUAGGUCAGGAUAUAGUCAACCAGCAGGCCCAAUCCCCCCGAGCCGCAGACCCGCAGGGAUGUGCAGAUAGGAGGUAUCGUAUCCUUCCCAGAUGGGUUUUCUGAGCCUCCCCACUUAAAAUUGUUCAAAAGUCGCUAGUUUCACUUGAUUUUCAUAUGUGUGUGCGUGUGUUUAGUAUGUAUAUAUGCGUGUGUGCCGGCCAAUUGUAUCUGUAGGAUAAGUCUUAGAUCGAAUGGAUUGUCUGGGAUUUGGGCAUGGAGUUAAAUAUUCAAACACUUUGUUACGUAAUUUUAAACGAACCCUCUCUGUUCCCAAAGAACCUGGUUAAGCACACACAAUUCUGCACACUACCGUGAAUCCAGCUCGGGAAUCGGAAAGGAGCGAUCUUGGCCGGAACACACGCGUGGCUACAGAUUUAUAUGUCUAUAUGCAUAUAUAUAGAUGGCAAACACUCUCGUUAUCUCUUGUGAUCGACUCAGUUGUUGUUAUGAAAUGGUAGAAAACAGACGAAGGGACGGACAAAUACGAUAAAUUAAUGAUGAAUUCGGGGACAGAAGAUCGAACUUUUUUAUCUAGCGUAACGCAACGGAAACAAUGUCAAAAUGAAGCACCGGAAACGGAAAUAAAACCAUAAGAAACCCUGUA